GCACGCAGCAAGGCGCGCACUGCACAGCGCUCUCCCCGCGCCGCCGCUCCAGCGGACCCGCCAGCCCGCGCGCCGGCUGUGCGCCCUCUGUGCUCGCCCGCCGGCCCCACAAACAGCCCGACCCCACCCCGACCCCGUCCGCCCUCCGGACCCUGGGCGCCCCGAGUGGAGCCAGGAGCAAAAUGAUGCUUCAACACCCAGGCCAGGUCUCUGCCUCGGAAGUCAGUGCCUCUGCCAUCGUCCCCUGCCUGUCCCCUCCUGGGUCACUGGUGUUUGAGGAUUUUGCUAACCUGACACCCUUUGUCAAGGAAGAGCUGAGGUUCACCAUCCAGAGCAAGCACCUCUGCCACCGGAUGUCCUCGGCGCUGGAGUCAGUCACCGUCAGCAGCAGACCCCUCGAGAUGUCAGUCACCAAAGCCGAGGUAGCCCCCGAAGAAGAUGAAAGGAAAAAGAGGCGACGGGAAAGAAAUAAGAUUGCAGCUGCCAAGUGCCGAAACAAGAAGAAGGAGAAGACCGAGUGCCUGCAGAAGGAGUCAGAAAAGCUGGAGAGUGUGAAUGCCGAACUGAAGGCCCAAAUUGAGGAGCUCAAGAAUGAGAAGCAGCAUUUGAUAUACAUGCUCAACCUGCACCGGCCCACAUGCAUUGUCCGGGCUCAGAACGGAAGGACUCCAGAAGAUGAGAGAAACCUUUUUAUCCAACAGAUAAAAGAGGGAACAUUGCAGAGCUAAGCAGCCGUGGUAUGGGGCAACUGCGGAGUCCUCAUCGAAUCCUCCUUUUACAUCCGAAACCCUGAAGCCAUUGGAAAUAUGACUUCCUGUGCACCUCUUGAAUCCCAGCAGCAAAGAACCAUCAAGGCGGGAGGGCCCUCGGUGGCUUUCCACUCUACCCCAGAGUGGACUUUGGCCCAGGGCAACAAGGGCAUCUUUUUCCUCAACUCCAGAAUUUAGGCCUUAACAUCUUGGCCUUCCUUGGAUUCUCCAGAUGGCCCCUGGUUAGGGUCCUGCCUGCCUUUCAUCUGGAUUCUGCAAAAAACAGGCCUCCCACCAUUAGGAUUCAUGCAGAAGAAGCAUCUGUACCUUGGGUGGGUGGGGUGGGGCCACCUCCUCUGCUGCUGCUGCCACUGUCACUUGUAGGGGACGUGGAGUGAGAAUGGCAUUUUGUGAAGCUGUGCGACGGCUAGGGUUGUGCUUUCUAGCAAAUAUGCUGUUCUGUACAGGAAUUACCGUGUGCAAGGCGUUCGUUUCAAAACUAGGCGUUGUGCUUUUCUGAUGUUUGCGCCACACAACACCACUGUGACUUUCUCAUGACUUUCCUCAGAUCUGGUUUCUGAGAAUUUGGGGGCAGGGGGGGCGUGGCUAUCAUAUCAGCACAUGCAGUGUCUUGAAAAGUAUUCAGGUGGCCAGAAGAGGUUGUCAGCCCCGGGAGGACAGAAUUGUGCCAGCCUGGACUGAGUGCAGUUUUGUGCCAACAGAAAAGGCCUCUUCCCCUUGGCACCCAAGCACUAACGCACGUCCUCUGUUGCAAACUCAGUUAUAAUGUCACAGGAAGAAAGCAGAAACAGAGUCCAGCUUCCAAAGGGUUAGGAUUCUCUGCUCAGUGACUUAGGUCAGGAAUUUUUUCUAGGCCGGAAGAGCCAAAGAAUAUUCCAUUUUCCUUUUCUUGCAGUUGAAAACCACAAUCAGUGGAGAUGCAUUUGAAGCCAGGUGAUGCCUAGGCUUUAGCAUUAUUAGAUGUUAAUGGCAUUGUUUCUGUCAUGCAGAUGUUUGUAGAAAUUGGGCCCAGAGCAUUUAUAGCUGUGAGACAGUCACUCACACUGGCCACGAGGACUCUGGCUACUGUCUGUUUAAAUUCUGACGUUUCUGUGAAAUCCUCAGAGUGUUUAAUCCUACUCAGUAGUAUCAUUACAAUUUUCUGUAAAAGAAGAUAUUACUUAUUUAUCCUAGUAUUCCUAACCUGUCAACAGAAUAAAUAUUGGAACCAAGACAUGGUAAACU